AUGUCCGCUCCACCAGCUAACGAUGUUGUUUCUUUCAAGGACCGGGCAACGGCCGAUCAGGCCAAACCCCACAACGACCUCCUUGUCAUCGAGCUGACGAUCCAGGACAUCGACGUAGCGAGAGUGUUGGUCGACACCGGAUGCUCGGCCAAUAUUAUCUACAAAAGCACCCUCGAAAGAAUGGAGAUUGAUCAGUGCGCCGUUACGGAAGGACCCAGCCCGAUAUUCGGACUCUCGGGAGAUGCUACUAUGACUCACGGGUCGAUCGACCUCGUUGUUAAAGCUGGGAACGUCAUCAAAGUCACGGAAUUCUUAGUCAUCGACCGCCCAACAUCGUACAACGCGAUCGUCGGUACUCCAUGUCUGAAUUCCAUGCGAGCGAUCCCUUCGACAUUCCAUCUGUGCCUUAAGUUUCCAACCCCUCGUGGAGUCGAAACUAUACAAGGAGACCGCAGGAUGUCACAAGUAUGUUUCGCCGCCGAGUUAAAAAGAAAGAACUUUGCGAUCGAAACUUCCCAUAAAAAGAAAAGAAAGCUGACUCUCGAUGAGAAUGCCCCGGAACGAGACUCGGAAGUCUUCUGGCAAUCUCAAAGGGCCAAAGCCCUAGAAGGGAAGCGCGAACCGACUUGUGAACCGGUAAUUUCGAUCUGCCUCGACGAAUCCUCUCCGGAACGAUGCAUCGAGAUUGGAGCCAACCUCCGCGAGCCAGUAAAGACAGAGCUCAUCGCCUGUCUCAAAAAGAACCUCAAUGCGUUCGCUUGGGCCGCAGAAGAUAUGCCAGGGAUCGAUAUCGGCAUAACGUGUCAUGAGCUUAACAUCGAUCCGACCUACAAACCCGCCAAACAAAAAAGGCGGAAGCUAGGACCGGAGUGUGCCACCGCGGUAAAUGAGGAAGUCGAAAGGCUCCUGAAGGUCGGAUCAAUAACAGAAGUUAGGUAUCUAGACUGGCUCGCUAACCCGGUCGUGGUCAAAAAGAAAAACGACAAAUGGCGAGUAUGCGUCGAUUUCACCGAUCUCAACAAGGCAUGUCCAAUGGAUUGCUUCCCACUCCCGCACAUCGACCGACUGGUCAAAGCAACAACAGGGAACAAACUCUUAUCAUUUAUGGAUGCCUUCUCCGGGUACAAUCAGAUCAUGAUGAAUCCCGACGAUCGUGAGAAAACUGCGUUCAUCACCGAUCAGGGAACAUAUUGCUACAAACUCGGCAAGACUAUGGAGGUAUACAUCGAUGACAUGCUCGUAAAGUCUCUUGACGAGCACGACCACGUCUCCCAUUUGGAGGAGUGCUUUGCAAGACUUAACGCCCACAACAUGAAACUUAACCCUGCAAAGUGUAGAUUCGCGGUGGCAUCAGGAGAAUUUCUCGGGCACCUAGUCACGUGUCGUGGGAUCGAAGCCAAUCCUAAGCAGAUAAACGCGUUAAUAGAGAUGGUCUCGCCAAAGACGAAACGGGAAGUCCAAAGGCUAACCGGAAGAGUCGCGGCCUUGAACCAUUUCAUCUCGCGCUCGACGGAUAAGUGUCUUCCUUUCUAUGACACGCUGAAAGGGAAUAAGAAGUUCGAAUGGUCAGAGGAAUGUGAGAAAUCUUUUCAACAGCUAAAACGUUACCUGGCCACUCCUCCCGUCCUCGCAAAACCAGUGGAGGGAGAACCCUUGUUCCUGUACAUCGCAAUCUCCACAACAGCGGUAAGCGGAGUUUUGAUUAGAGAGGAACGCGGUGAGCAAAAACCAAUCUUCUACAUAAGCAAAACGUUACUGGAUGCUGAGACCCGGUAUCCCCUGAUGGAGAAACUAGCAUUCGCAGUUGUGACAUCGGCAAGGAAACUCCGGCCGUACUUUCAGUCGCAUACCAUAAUAAUCCUCACCACCUUCCCCAUGCGAACGAUCUUGCACAGUUCGAGUCAGUCAGCACGACUCACAAAAUGGGCAAUCAAACUAAGCGAGUACGACGUGGAGUACCGCCAAGGAACCUGCGCAAAAUCUCAAGUACUAGCGGACUUCUUGGUAGAAUUGCCCACGAGGGAUAUGACAAACACGGAACCGGACUCAACCUGGAUCCUUCACGUCGAUGGAUCAUCGUCCAAACAAGGAUCCGAGAUCGGAAUCUGGCUCACGUCUCCGACCGGCGAAGUCUUGGAACAGUCGUUCCGAUUGGAAUUCCAUGCGACGAACAACGAGGCCGAAUGUGAAGCACUCGUCACAGGAUUACGAUUAGCCCAUGGGCUUAAGAUCCACAACAUUCACGAUUACUGUGACUCUCAGUUAGUCGCAAAUCAGUACAGUGGAGAAUACAAAGCGAGGGACGAAAGAAUGGAUGCAUAUCUAAAACUCAUCCAAGACCUCUCCCGAGACUUCAACCACUUCGCCCUCACUAGGAUUCCUCACUCGGAAAACACUCAGGCGGAUGCCUUGGCCGCACUCGCAUCAAGUUCGGAUUCUGGACUAAGACGAGUAAUCGCCGUCGAGUUCAUCGAACACCCAAGCAUCGGACCACCAGUGGUCUCCAAUCUGAUUCGAGCACAAAUCAAAAAUGCGGAGGAAGUCGAAUACCCACCAGAAGAAAACGUGGAUCAGUCAGAAUACGGCUGCGACAGCCCAUGGCUAGAGCCAAUCCGAGCAUACAUAAUCAACGGAACGCUUCCCACUGAGAAAUGGGCGGCCCGCAAAAUCAAGACCUAG